CCAUCCGCCCAGAGCCCCACCGUCCCUCGGCCUGGGUGACCCGUGCGGUGGCCGACGCGGGGCAGGGUGUGGAUCGCCACCCGGCUGGACCCUGCCCGCCUCUCUCGCCUCGUCUCCCGUCCUCCGCGGAGGCCAGCUGCCUCCACCCCGGGAGGCCACCCGAUCAAGGGGACCACGGAAUGGGUUUCUGAGGAAGACACUGCAGGAGCAGGCCCCUGGACGCAGCAUGCCCCGAGGCUGGGCCCUGCCCGUGCUCCUGCUGGUGCUGCAGGGGGGCUGGGGCUGCCGGGACCUCGUGUGCUACUCCGACUACCUGGAGACGGUCACCUGCGUCCUGGAGACGUGGAGCCUCCACCCCGGCACGCUCACUCUCACCUGGCAAGACCAGUACGGAGAACUGGGGGACGAGGUCACCUCCUGCAGCCUCCACAGAUCCGGCCACAAUGCCACCCACGCGAAGUACACGUGCCACAUGGACGUGUUCCACUUCAUGCCCGAUGACGUCUUCAGCGUCAACGUGACAGACCCGUCCGGCAACUCCUCCCGGGAGUGCGGCAGCUUCGUCCUGGCUGACAGCAUCAAGCCGGCUCCUCCUUUCAACGUGACGGUCACCUUCUCGGGACACUACAACGUCUCCUGGCGCUCUGACUACGAGGAGCCUGAGUUCUACGCGCUGCGGGGCAGGAUGCAGUAUGAGCUGCAGUACAGGAACCGCGGGGACCCCUGGGCUCGGAGCCCCGUGACAAAGCUGGUGUCAGUGGACUCGAGGAGCGUCUCCCUCCUGCCCUUGGAGUUCCGCCCGGGCUCCAGCUACGAGCUGCAGGUGCGGGCGGGCCCCCAGCCGGGCUCCUCCUUCGGGGGGACCUGGAGUGAGUGGAGCGACCCCGUCAUCUUUCAGACCCCGCCGGAGGAGUCCAGGGGAGGCUGGGGGCCGCCCCAGAUGCUGCUGCUGCUCCUGCUGGUCAUCUUGGGCCCUGUCCUUGUCUUCCUGGGCCUGAAGGUCCACCUGCCUUGGAGGCUGUGUAAGAAGGUGUGGGCGCCGGUGCCCAGCCCCAAGCGGUUCUUCCAGCCCCUGUACGAGGGCCACGGUGGGGACUUCAAGAGAUGGGUGGGCUCGCCCUUCUGCGCCCCCAGCCUGGACCCAGGGCCCUGGGGCACCGUGGUACUGUCCACCCUGGAGCUGCCCGCCUGCGUCCCCCCACGGAGUCCAGCCAAGGGACCGGAGUCCCCAGGGCUGGCGGGGCCCGAGGACCUGCUGGAGGCCGACGGGGUGUCGGAGCCUCGCUCCUGGGGCCCGGCCUCCCCCAGAGCAGGCGGCUCGGGAGGCUCAGCCUUCGGGGAGGAGAGGGACCGUCCGUACGGCCUGGUGUCCAUCGACACGGUGACCGUGGUGGACGCCGAGGGACCGUGCACCUGGCCUUGCAGCUGCGGGGACGAUGGCUACCCCGCCCUGAGCCUGGACGCCAGCCUGGAGCCGGGCCCCGGGGACCUGCUGCUGGGCCCGGCCACCACGGUCCUGUCCUGCGGCUGCGUCUCGUCGGGCGGCCCCGGGCUGGGCGGCCCCAUGGGCGGCCUCCUGGACAGGCUGGAGCUGACCCUGGCCGACCAGGAGGGCUGGUCCCCAGGGGGCGCCCCGGACAGCGAGGCCGGGUCCCCAGCCGCCGGCCUGGACAUGGACACCUUCGACAGCGGCUUCGCGGGCUCCGACUGCGGCAGCCCCGUCGAGUGUGACUUCGCUGGCCCCGGGGACGAGGGGCCGCCCCGCAGCUACCUCCGCCAGUGGGUGGUCAGGAGCCCUCCGCCCGCCGGCCCCACGGCCCAGGCCAGCUAGCGAGGUGGUGACCCAGCUGCCCUGUCCCCAGCUGGCCACCACGGAUGGCCACCCGGGCACUAGCAGAGACAGGCCCGCGGCCCUCGGUGUGCGUGGCUGGGUGUGCAGUGGCGUGUCCCCAGCUGCAUGUGGCCCUGGCUGUGACAGAGCACCCGCAGGCACAGGCAAAGGCCGCUGGUCCACCAGCCUGCUGGGCUCAGGCACUGCCUGUGACAGGUGCCAAGCCAGACCCCAGGACCAGGGAAGAGUCCAGCAGCCACAAAUGUCCAGGCUGACCCUGCGGCCUCUCAGGACGGGCUGGGGAGGGGGGUGAGUCCUCAGGGCGCAGGAAGAUUCCGCCCAGGGGCCCCUGCUGUGCUGCCCAGACAAGUCGCACUCCCUCUCUGGGCUGCUUCCUCACCUGCACAGGAGCCGGGCCAGCCCCGGGGUGGGGAGGCCCCGGUUCAGUCUGCAGCCUGAGCAGCCCCUCCGCCAGCUUCCUGCCCGUGCAGAGGUGGCUGGGGUGAGAAACCAGGUGACACUGACAGCCUGGGCCCAGGGCCCUCUGAAGCGGGUACUCGGGGUUUCCGGGCCUCGAACCGCUCAGCCGUGUCCCUUGGAAACAGUCCCUGCCACCAGGGUCUUUUUUUGGCUUCUGCUGCCCAUUUUAAAAAAUCCCCUUUUGUACCCUCAAAAAUAUUUAUCAAGCACCAGAUAGAGGCCGGGCACGGUGCCAGGCGCUGGGAGCCCAGAGUGGGCACGGUGCCCAGGGGACCCGCCCUGUGCACUCACGGGUGUCGGGGACACGUGGAGGAACCGGCGGCCGGAGGCCACAUCCUCGGGCCCUGCAGCAGGCCCAGCCCCCCAGCCCUGAGGUCUUGUGUGUCCAGCCCGGGGACUGGGGACCGGGGACGGUCGGUUUUCCGUGACUUCUCAGAGCCUGUGGAAGAGAAAUGGAGCCAUGUCACCGGCCUCACUUCAGUCCCAGAGCCAGCUGUGGGUGACAGACGGUUCACAAACGCCUCUGUUGUUAUUUCCAAGCAGUUAGACGGCCUUCCCUCCGGGGUGCCCACCUAGAGGUGGCGUCUGGGGCCAACAGGGUCAAGGAGGCCCGGGAUCCCACGCUCGGGAGCUGGGCCGGGCUGGGUUAGUUCUGCUGACAGUCUGCCCAGCACUCUCCUGUGAAGCAGGGCAGUUGGGAGAAGUUGCUGAGAGAAAUCCUGGAGGAGUCCUCCGUGAGCGCUGGAAAGUUCUAGAAGGCUGGGGACUGGGCGCCUGGGUGAAACCCCGGGUCCUGCUCCUGUGAGCAGCCUCCGCCCCGCCCCCCUGGGCCCUUGGGCUGAGGUGGCUGUGGUUGUCACACCUCCCGCGAGCGGCAGUUUGAAGGUGGCACCUGCAGACGCCACCUGAGCGGAGGCUCCCCGGGGAGGCUCAGUUCUCCAGGGGGCUGUGGCCUGGGCCCCUCCCGGACUCCACCGUUGAAGGAGAGGCCGCACGUGAACAGGGCGGCAGAGGCUGGGGCCCAGAGAGGCCCCCACCAAGGAUGGACAGGAAGUAGGACAGGCGGACGGACAGGCGGACGGAUGGAAGGACAAACAGGUGGAGAGACAGAGCCGGACAACGAAGACAAAGCCCGAGAUCUGCCUCCUCCGCUGACCUCCCCGAGCCUGGUGCAUAGUAGACACUCAAUAAAGCCUGGUCUGUAGCUCUCU